ACCGCGAAGAUUGGUUCACUCGUGGACGUGCAAGAAAGCGAUGAUCCCGAAGGCUUACGUGUCUUUUAUUAUUUGGUGCAAGAUCUAAAGUGUUUGGUGUUUUCUCUGAUUAACUUACAUUUCAAG